CCCUCUCUUAGGCAAUAUAUACUUAUUCAUCAAAGUCUUCUUGUGGCACUUAAAGCUUAAUAUCCAUCAGAAGAUUGCUCAGUUUUGGACGGUGACACUCCAAGAGAAGCAAUAAUGUUCAACACUGUUGCUUUGUUCUUGUGUUUGCUGACUUCUUGUUUCUUCAAUCGAAGUGAAGGGCACAAAACUGUUUCGUCUUCUUCUAAGGUAAAUCUAAGGUAAAGAUUACGAAAUACCAACCGCUUAUAUAAUUAUAUGUCAAGUAUGACUUAAAGUCACUCGACUUUCCUUAAAAAUUUGAGGUUUUUUUUGCUGAUUGGAAGAAGUAAACAUCAUUAAGUAGGGUAUGAUCUCAGUUAAAUUGGAACCUCGUUCCCGAAUUAAUCGCAUGGGAGGAUUCGAUUACUUUUCUGUCGAUUGUCAGUUAAAUAAGCUGUAUAUCAUUCUUAUUUCGUAAUCUAUACACUACAUUUUGAAUUUGUCAGGCGCUCUUUCUCUGAGAUGUCGCUCAUCAAAAACAAACGAGAUCAAAUUUAACCUUAAAAAUCUGACUUUUCGAAUUCUAAGUAAUAUAGAAGGGUCCAUGUCGUCUUGGCCUAUCUUAAAGUGUUUCCAUGGGGUUUUAGCCAGCGAUUAUGAAGCGCGCGCCAGCGUUAUAUUAGGUUUUUAUGGAUACCUUUUUUAUGUUUUCUGCCUUCCAGAUUAUUAAAAGUUACCAAAAUGUAAUAAUCAAGGGUCGGACUGUUGUUUUCUGUAAUUCAUAUUAAUAUACAAGUUUUCGAUCUUGAGCUGAAGUGCGCCAAAUGUAGACGCUCACUCGCGGUUAUUUGAGGGUCUGAAUGGGGGUACUUCGAUAACACUAAACACUUAUUUUUUUGACUGUAUAACAUUAAACAGUUAAUUUUCAGCUAUUUUAACACUAACAUUAAAAAAUUCGUUGUAACAUUAUUUUUUUCCCAUGAACAAACAAACCACACCCUAAAAGGGGAAAUAUCUAUGUUGGGCCUAUGUUUAUUGUCUCAAAGAGGUUUUUUUGGCCAUUUUCCAACAAUUCGGGAUUAUUUCAAGACUUCCGAAGAGUGAGGGAGAUAUCCGAAAGCUUCCGAAGAUUUCCGAAAGCUGUCGAAGAUGUCUGAAGGCUGUCGAAGAUGUCCGAACACUGCUGAAGAUGUCCAAAGACUGCCGAAGAUGUCCACUGAGACUGCCAAAGAUAUCCACAGACUUAUGACCGACGAUAUUUGAAGACUACCGCAGAUUUGGCUUGUAUAACUCAUAACAAUUCUAUUCUUAAAGCGCUUUUACAGCGAGGAUUCACCAACAGUGACCACUUAGAGAGAAUAUAUUAGUAACAAAUCAGAUUACGAUAUUCAAAUCAAACAGCCAAUGGGAUAGAACAUCGAAAUAAGUAGUAAAAUUAAGCAAAUUUAUGGACUGCCAUCCGUUGUAUGAAUACCUCAGUAUGAUUGGUUGGCUUUGUGAGAUGGUCCCAGUUGGUGUAUCUGCACUGUAAACAAAAAGAGAUAAAUACGAAAAUUACAAGGAAAAUGAGAGUUAACAUAUAUGAGUGUUUAAAUUUGACUAGUAAUGAAUGCAAUAACAGAAUAUUCUUUUACCAAUAAGAUCGGCUACAGUGCUCACAAUGUAUAAUGGUCAACAAAAAUGACAGACAUGUCACUCCAUCCUGGCCAAAAACAUUUGAUUAUAUUCCAUACCUGAAUAGUCGCGAUUGUCCCAACUGUUUCUAGAGAUCAAGGCGGAAUUGAGCGCGGGUGAUGCGACCAAAUCUGCUGAACGUUAUGUCUGUAUCAUUAUCCGCAUCGAUCUCCGAGUCGGUGUCGAAUUCAUCCUGUUUCUCGGAGAUGUCUGUCACGUCAUCAACUGCGACAACUCCGAGCAUGCUUUCGUCAACAAAGGUGAUUCUCGGUACUUCGUUUGUAGCUCGUGGAUUAUUUGUAUCCUGGUCGACUCGUUCUUCAUUGUCUGUCCCCGGAUCAUCUUAAACAUCCUCUUGGAAUGUUACUCUAGUACACGAAGGCGUACUGGAAUAUACAGCUGGCGGCAGGGUUCCCGCUUUGUCUUUUGUUGAUUCGCUUCUUACCGUCCUUGACAGGUCGAUACCUGUCAACCAAUUCCUUCAUGGCUGCCUCAAUGUCAGGGUCAACGUUAUCAGCUGGAGGAGGUUUCAUCAAAUCUACGUCCCGUAACUCCACACUGGAUUUAGGCACUGGAUAAUAAGACUUCUCAAGUGUGAAGUACUUCGCACCCCACUUCGUUGUUCUCUUUCAAGAUUCCUUUGAAAUUGUUCCAAAGUCUUGAGCAUACUGAAGAGCGGUGAAAGUCUCGUUUUUGAAGUUGGAGACUGCAUGAAGGUUCUCUACCUGAGUUGUUAGGAGCGUACGCAGGUCAAUGUCACCAAGAUAGUCCUCGUUUACAUUCUUAACGUUAUCUCGUAGCUGUUCCAUACCUCUUUCGAGAAGCACCAAUGACUCCUGUGUUUUGCUGGAAACAGUUCCUUCAGGGCCAUUUAUUGUUGCCGUUUCUUUCAUUUUAUAGUGCUGCCUUACUUCAGCGACUGUGUUUUUAAUAUAAGCAUUUGCAGAUGAAACAUUGCACACAGCAUCUUGAAGAGAUAAUUGGACCGCGUCGAUCGUAUGUGCACCAAUUCCAAAACUAUCAUAGAGACAUUCGAGGUUGCAAAGAAAGGACACUUUGCCAGUAAGCCCCGAAGCUAGUUUGAUUGUUUCAGCAGCUAUAUCGGAAACAAAAAAAAUUUUCUACAAGGAACAGAUUGCAUGAAAUUGUGUAAAUGAGCAGCUUUCUUCAGUUCCAUCAACGGUUCCUUCAUGGCCAGUACCCAACAAGGUCUCGACUGUUGCACUUAAGGGAUUAAAGGUCUUAACCUUUUGAUCUUUGUUGUCGGUGAAAACAAUGUUGCCCUCAUAACUAUACAGCCUCCUGAUUUCCUUACAAGAAUCUGAAGAAUUCCGCAAGAGUCGCUCAGCAUUGACAGAAUCGAGGUUACAACCAUAUAACCCUCCAGCUGCGCUAGUUACAGCCAAGUAUGCUGAUUGCCGCAGAACAUAAAGAGAUUCAACACUUGUCACGUCAUUGGAGUAGUUUAUCUGUCUCAGCCUACUACCGAUGAUAGCCACUCCAUUUUACUCUAACUCCAGCUGCAUUAUGCUUCUCUGCUCAUCAUCUGCACACAGGAGGAUAUCCUUACUUGCCGCACAGAUGGAAGUUGAUUUAUUUAAAGGUGGGUUAAUCUGGACAAUUUGUUUAUUCAGUUCUCGACUUGUGCGGCUAAAGAUCUCAGAUGUGUCGUCAGCCGCUUCUGUAGAACUGGACCUGUACCCUCAAGUGACAAUCUGAAACGACUAAGCUGCGAGAGCAAAUCAGCUCGCGAUUUUAGGCGUCCGGGUUUGAAAAGUACUUCGCCUUUCAACUCAAUGAAACGGAUUGUUGAUGAGCCUCUCUCUGCAACGAAGACUACGCCAUUGGUGAAGCAUAGGUCCCGCGCAUCCUUGAAUACUUCCCUCCGAACAUUUACAUCGACUGGUCGGUGUAAAAGCAGUUCUACGAGACUAUCGAGAGUCGAAAUCGUAGUCUAACGCCAGUACUUUGCCUUGGGGCCCAAUUUAAAGUGCAAUUGGUCUUUUGCAAACACUACUUUGGUUGGAUUUCCAGAAGCGAUACUUUUCAGGAACUAUUUUGUGGAUUACCAAACGUAUCCCCUUAAGUACAUCCAGUACUGAGGGUCUAGUAAGGCGCAUUAUCGAUUCUAAGGACAAGAGCAUUUCAGCUUCGGCUCACUGUUCGUGAGUGAUUUUCUUGAUUUUCUUGCAGAAUUUAAAAGAGCAGAUAAAAUUUGAAGAUCCUUAAAAAAUACUUUGGGGUCUCCUUUCAAACACUAAACAGUAUUUUUUUUCAAGAACAGUAAACAUUAAAAAAAUGGCCAAUUUAACAGUAAACACUAAAAAAUAUGGACAAAUAACACUAAACACUAAACCCCAUUCAGACCCUCUUAUUUGGCUUUGAUUUUAAUUUUCUCCAAUUUGCUUUGAUGAAAUCUCGUAAAAUCAUAAUAUAUAAAAUUCGUCCUAGAGGUCGAAAAAAACUAGUGAUUUCGAGGGAAGUUUCUUCGCUUUUUGAAUGAGCAGCGAUGUUCAUUUCAUUCGACAUUAUUUCGGACCGACGAAGUCAUCGAUUUUAAUUUUCUUGUUUAAGGAAAGUCAUAGAAUGUUUUUGUCUAAAAGAUAAAUUCAUCUUUAAUGUCUUUGUCCGUGACUCAACAAUAUCUUGAGUACAUAAUCCCAACCAAAGGACAUUAGAAAAAAAAGUAGUCGAGUUAAUCAUUACGAAUACUGAAUGGCUGAAUCAAAAUUUUCAAUUCCAAGAAGAGUCUAAUGACCUAUCCUAUUUAAUGUCACAGAAUCCCAGCACGUGUCUGCAAGGACCUCCUGGUCUCCCUGGUCACAAUGGAUAUAAUGGGGCACCAGGCCUAAACGGUCGAGAUGGUGCUAAAGGAGAGAAGGGCGUGGCAGGUAAGCCUGGGCCACGUGGAGCUAAAGGAGACGUUGGACCAAAAGGGUCUGAUACCGACCACAGAAGUUGGAAACAGUGCGUUUGGAGGGCUUCGGACAGUCGGGACGUGGGACUAAUUAAGGUAUGCAAGAUUGGUGGAGGGUUGAAAUAAAGUGUUUGUCAAACUAGGAGGGUUUUAGCGUGAAAAAUCAUGAAUCUUUUCUUUUGAUCAAUUUACUGUUAAUCUAUUUUGCCUUUUUUUUUAGGACUGCAUCUUCGACAAGACGAGAGAUGGUACCGCUCUACGAGUGGUUUAUCAAGGUAAUAUAUACGUGCGUUGUGACAGCUGUUGUAAGCGCUGGUUCGUCACCUUUAAUGGAGCAGAAUGCAGUGGUCCGCUGCCCAUUGACGUGGUUGUCUGGAUCAGAAACAAGGAUGAAGAUAACCACAGACCUGGAGCAAUAGAAGGCUACUGUGAAAACAUCCACAAGGGAAGAAUCCGUGUUGCUAUCAACAUUGGAAACUGUCCUGGAUAUAGAGACUCAGACGGAUAUACAGGCUGGAAUUCAGUGUCACGAUUGAUUAUCGAAGAAGUCCCCAAACCUCAGUGA